UGUAUUGCUAACAGGAAACAUAAACCUAAAGCGUCUGAAAGAAAUUAGACGCAGAAAAGGACAGUUAACUUGGCUACUUAAAAUCUAUACGCUUGGAAAAACUUGAAUCAAUUAGGCUACAUUUUGAGUCACCAACAUUGACUACUGUUGGAUAACUUUAUUUUAUUUUAUCAGCUGACAAAGUCAGACUGAACUGCCAAGAUGCUCCAACAGACCUCAUCACAGCAGAAUGAUGCAAACUGUAUAUGAUGUAGGAGGAGUGAAACUUGAAUGUUCAUUCGUUAUAUGGAAAACGUGGAUACUGCACAUCUUUGCAAUUCGAAACAAGCUCCAUGCUCCAUGUCGGUCUCCUCUGUUUUUUUGCCCACAAACUUGUAUGGGAAGUUUUGUGCAGUGUCUGGAAAGUCCAGAGACUCGUCGGACAGCCUCCCUGUUAAACUAACGGGACAUCUUCAUAUAGCUGCUCCAAGAUGAGAUGUGACAAAGCGAUCAGCUACUUAAGGAUUGUUGGGACAACGCUGUUCGGCAUUUCGCUGCUUGUGGGAAUCUCUACUGCUUAUAUCAUGGGGUAUAAACUCAUAACGACUGCAGGGAACUAUUUGUCCUUUGGUCUUUAUGGAGCAAUUCUCGUCGUUCACCUCAUCAUUCAGAGCUUUUUUGCUCUACUGGAACACAGGAACAUGAAACGCUCCCUGGAAACUCCGAUCAAACUCAACAAGUCACUGGCCCUUUGCGUCGCAGCCUAUCAGGAAGACCCCAACUAUCUAAGAAAGUGUUUAAUAUCUGUGAAGAGGCUCACCUACCCCGGGAUAAAGGUCAUUAUGGUUAUCGACGGGAACAAUGAUGACGACUGCUACAUGAUGGAGAUCUUUCGGGAAAUCAUGGGCCGCGACAAGGCAGCCACUUAUAUUUGGAAAAGCAACUACCACCAGAAAGGACCGGAUGAAACCGAAGAGUUGUAUGCCGAGAGCUUGCAGCACAUUUCUCGCCUGGUUCUCAACAAUAAAUGUGUGUGCAUCAUGCAGAAGUGGGGCGGGAAGAGGGAGGUCAUGUACACCGCCUUCAAAGCCCUGGGAAGAAGUGUCGACUACGUACAGGUGUGUGAUUCAGACACCAUGUUGGACCCGGCCUCCUCAGUGGAGAUGGUGAAGGUUCUGGAAGAAGAUCCCAUGGUUGGAGGAGUAGGCGGAGAUGUGCAGAUUCUGAACAAAUAUGAAUCAUGGGUCUCCUUCCUCAGCAGUGUGAGAUAUUGGAUGGCGUUCAACAUCGAAAGAGCUUGCCAGUCAUAUUUCGGGUGCGUUCAGUGUAUCAGUGGGCCACUGGGGAUGUACAGGAACUCCCUGCUUCAUGAGUUUCUGGAGGACUGGUACAAUCAGACAUUCAUGGGAAGCCACUGCAGUUUUGGCGAUGACCGCCAUCUGACCAAUCGAGUCCUUAGCCUGGGAUAUGCUACGAAAUACACCGCCCGCUCCAAGUGCUUGACCGAGACACCCAUCACCUACUUGCGCUGGCUCAACCAGCAGACCCGUUGGAGUAAAUCGUAUUUCAGAGAGUGGCUUUACAACUCCAUGUGGUUUCACAAGCACCACUUGUGGAUGACCUACGAGGCCGUCAUCACCGGCUUCUUCCCCUUCUUCCUCAUCGCCACUGCGAUCCAGCUCUUCUACCAGGGCAGGAUCUGGAACAUCCUUCUGUUCCUGCUGAUCGUCCAGGUCGUGGCGCUCAUCAAGGCUUCGUUUGCCAGUUGCCUCCGUGGAAACAUCGUCAUGGUCUUCAUGUCCUUCUACUCAGUGUUAUACAUGUCAAGUCUGCUACCGGCAAAGAUGUUUGCAAUAGCCACCAUAAACAAAUCCGGUUGGGGAACGUCUGGAAGGAAGACCGUCGUGGUGAACUUUAUCGGACUUAUUCCGAUCUCAGUUUGGUUCACCAUUCUUUUUGUUGGCAUUAUAUAUUCGAUAAUCCAAGAGACCCGGAAGCCGUUCCCAGAGUCUGAAAAAAUAGUUUUGAUUAUCGGCGCAAUCGUGUAUGCCAGCUACUGGGUCGUGUUCUUGACUUUGUAUGCUGUCCUCAUUAUGAAGUGUGGCAAGAGGAAGAAAGGACAACAGUAUGACAUGGUUCUUGAUGUGUAGUAUUUCCCAGUGUCCUUCAUCCUUUCUACGUUUACAUUAAAAACAAUCUCAGACUGCUAUAUGAAGGCGGGCUCUCCGCAGGUGACAGGAAGUGACGCCGAAAAGAGACAUCAGUGCUGCUGUGACUGUUAAUAAGGACAUUCCUUUGCAGUGAAAAAGGAAACACAUUGUAACAUGUGAGCUUUGACACUCUUGAUGUUUUAGUAUUCUUUGCACUUUCACGUUCACUCUCAAUAUGCAUAAUGCUUGAUAUAGAACUUUAAGGAACAAAAUACCUCAAUGGUUAUGUUUGCAUUGUGUGAGCGUCGGAUGAGACUCAGUUUUUUUCGUAAGUAAUUUAUGAUUUUUACCUUAGUUUGUUUUAUAUAUAUAAAAUAUAUUAUGUACACAUUUUUAGACUGAAAUCCAAAGCAGAACUUCUGAGUAUUUUUUUUGAUUGUGCUGUACUUUGUAUUUGCAUAAUGUAUUUUAUUGCCUUUUAUAUAGACUUGUUUAUUUUUAUUUUUUAUUUUUGCUUUGCCACCAACGAUUUUCUAUUUUCAUUAAAUAUGAGGAAGACUUGCCUGUCUGACCAAAAUGUGAAAUUAAGAAGCUGGAUUUGUCUCUGUGAUGACAGCAAUAAAAGGCAAAUCUAGGGAUAAGUUAUUUGUUGACAAGAAGGGUGAUGAACCUGUGUUAUUAUAAUAAGUAUUACAUGGAGUUAUGACCAGUCUAUUUAUACAACACCAAGAUUUAUGGUUUUCUAACAUGAUUUAAAAUAUAUAUAAGUAUCUUUUGCUGGUUCAGUUGAAUGUUUUGAAUUGUCCCACACAAUCUAUGCAAUUUCAGCAUGUGUCAAAAUCACAUUUCUAUGCAAAUUCUCCAGAAAUUGACAGAAACAUUUGCACAAAACUGAGGCACAGUUGCCUCUAGUGAUUGUUAUUAUUUCACACACUCUUAUGUCAUCCAUCAAUGCCCAGAGCAUUUGCAAAUCAGCUUUUCUAGUGGUGGCAAACCUUAAUUUCCAAGUAAUGCCAUGCCUUCAUUUCCUGAUUUUAUUUGCCAGCGUUAUUUUAACAUUUACCAAAUGUUUAAGAUAAUGAUUUGAAUGAAUCAUAUACAAAAGUGCCAAUGUGAUGAUGAGUAAAGCUUUUUUGUGUUACAAUAAACAACAGAUUGUAAUUGAUGAGAGCUUUUACUAAGGCAGUAUUUUCAUAAAGAUCUUUUGUGUUUGUGCCAAAUAAAAUAAAAUACUUUAUAAUGCAUAUCCAACAUGCUGUUUCCUUUGUAAGCAUCAUGUCCUUGAAAAAUAAAU